AAACUUCAUCCCAUCUAUGGGCCAAACACUAGCAAAGAGAGAGAAAAUUCUUAAGACCAGCAACUUGUCUUAUGCUAAUAUUGGGCGCGUUUGGGGCGAAAAUUUUGGACGAAAUCUCAAAUUCCGCCAUCUCCCUCAGCAUCCACAAAUCGAUAAUGUUUUGGCUUCGUCAAUGUCGUAACAAUGGCAUCACCUAUCUGUACUCCACAGCUGCAACUUCCCACAACAAUUUGUUGGCGGAAAUAUUAGUGAAUUCACUUGGUUUCUCCAACGAGAAAGCUAUUUCUGCUAGCGCCAAGGUAACAUUGAAACCUGGAAACAACAAGCCUCAAUUAGUCAUCAAUUUCUUACAACAACUUGGUCUAGACAAGACCCACAUCAAAUCCCUUGUUUCUUCCAACCCUAGGUUGCUGUUUUCUGAUGUCGACAAAACCCUUAAACCCAAAAUUAAGGUUUUUCAAGAACUUGGCUUAUCUGGGUCAGACCUAGCUAAAGUCAUCGCAAAAAGUGGGUCUUUCUUCUUUUUAAGUCUUGAUAAUUCAAUCAGAUCCAAUCUUGAUUAUUUCCGGAAAGUGUUAGGUAGUGAUGACAAUGUAGCUAAGUUUAUCAAGAGAGAGCCUAGGUUCUUAUGGGGUAUUGAUGCCCCUAAACUAAUGCCACCCAAUAUAUCAUUGCUGCAAAAUCUUGGGUUUUCAAGUGUUGAUAUACAAAAGCUUAUGCUUUGGAAUCCUAGAAUUUUUACUCAAAAGGCUGGGCGCCUCAAAAACAUAGUGGAUCGAGUAGAAAAAACUUUCUUUCUUUCUCGCGAUUGCAACAUGUUCAUACAUGGGGUUUAUGCACUUGUAUGGCUUGACGAAUCGACGGUGAAAAAGAGAUUAGAAAUCUUCAGGAGCUUCGGGUGGUCUGACUCGGAGAUUUUUAAAUUGGUCCAAAAACUUCCUCUCUGUUUGACAAGAUCCGAAGCUAAGAUCAGAAAUACGUUAAAUUUUUUAAUGAAGGAACUUGGAUAUGAGUCUCAUUACCUGGCUUCUCAUCCCACAUUUUUGACAUGUAGCUUGGAGAAAAGGAUUCUUCCUAGACAUAAUGUUUUGAAGCUACUCAAUGAGAAGGAGCCGACAAAGUGCAGUAAGAAGCUUUAUACUGCUGUGAUAUGUUCUGACUCGAAGUUCUUAGAAAGAUAUGUGCUGCCUUUCAAGGAUGAGAUGCCUGAGGUGUAUGAUAUAUACAUCAAAAGUAGAAGCCAAUAGAGCAUUUUAUUUUAUGCGUAUGUGUCUUCAGAUGCUUGGUGGUCACAAUCAUCCUGACAGUAGAUGUAAUUGCUAAACUCCAUCAUUAGUUCUUAUUUCUCUCGAUUCAAUUCAGCUACAAACUUGACUAUCUAGCUGUACUUUUUUGAACUGCACAGUCCUACGCUUCUUUGCUGUUUCUCUUACUAAUGCGGAAGAGAAGUCACCGAUGAGGACAAAACAGCACAGAUCACUCCUGAGGAGCUAGCAAACUGAUUAUGUGUUGAAUCUACACCAGCUUUUAACUUCACUGAAUCUAUAAUUUUGACAUAAAUAUUUAGAAUCAAGUUAAUUAAGAUGUAGCUGUUUGAUCAUACUCUUUUAUGUAUUAUCUUAGAAAUUUAUGUUCACGAGUUUCUACACAAUAGAUAAAAUAUGCAGAAGGGACAACACACAAGCUGAAGUUUAACUGUUUUCUUUCUUAGUCUUUUGGCGCAAAUGCAGGAUGUACAAGAUCUAGAUAGUUUUUUUUAGUGUUUUUCAGCUCCCUAACAGAUUAGUACGGACAGGAACUUUCUUUUAGCAAGGUCCUAGUGGAAACCUUGCUUUUCAAUACAGAUUAGUACAAGAUGGGUUGCUUCAGCUAUAUGAUUUCUGCAUCAAAACCAGAAGCUAAGAGAAAUUCCUUUGGUGGGGGGAUGUUGACUACAGAGCAUUCUUUGACAGUAGGGUUUAUCCAAUUCCUUGUUUGUACUGGUCAUUCCUCUUCAAGCUACUGUCAAGCGUUUUACUGCUAAUUUGCAUUUUAUUUCUGUAGAGCCAGUGUUAAUGGGUAAAAACUGCAAAUACAGGCAUUCUCAUAUUAAAGUAGAAGAUGCUUUUGGUGGAGAAGCAAAUUUGUCGAAUAACUAGCUUUUUUGGUAAAUGGAGAAGAAAGUUCGGGGACAAAUUAACUCUUGUAUCAGUAAAGUCAUUUCGUCAAUGCUAAUCUCCGAUCUGGAGAAUAUAUCUUCUUGCGUCUUAAAAAAUCUUCUUGCUUGCUAAUUCUUUUUUAUUCUUUCAUUGUGUUUUGUACUUCAAACUUAGAUUAUUUAUGUUAGUAUCUUCAUUGUCUAUGGGAGGUGGACUAAUCUCUUCAACAUGUCUUAGAAGAUCAUUUUUCACUGGUGUCAAUAUCAUCUCUCUUUAAUAACAUGGUGGUGUGGACAAAACAUGGGAUUCAGUAACCAAAACUAAUAUGGUUAUCCGACAAGAAUGAGUCUAGAAAGGGAGAGAGAAUCUACUCCACCCAUGUCGCUUCUUGUAUCGACCAAGACUUUACACCAUCGUGACAUGCUUUAAAUUUCUUUUGGUUUCUCACCCGGUGUCCGGUACCCAAAUUGGGGCCCGAUUAAAUCCGGAUUCGCGCCGGAAAGUCCCACAGUGGGGGUAAAGCGCUCCCUAACAAGGGCAACUCCAUACCCAAGGCUCGAACCGGAGACCUCUGGUUAAGGACCACAACCCUUGUUGGUUGAAUCAAAGUUCUUAUGGAAGUAUGUACGGUCUUUUAGGAAUGAUUUCAUAUUUCUGAGGUGCUUGAUGGAUACAUCAAAGAUAGAAGCGAUAAGGAAGAUUCUUUAUGGUAAUAUGCAUAUUGCAGAUUCUUUGUUUGUGAGUUUAGUUUUUGAUAUUGUUUACUUAAUCCUCUCUGGAGUAUUACUGCUAGUUGACAUCUGAUUGCUGACUACUUGUUAAUUUAUUUCGAAUUUUCUUUGAUGUUUCUUAAUCCUGUCUAGAAUAUUUUCCUCUCCUUGUUGACUGCCUCUAUUAAUCAGUUAUACUGCAAAUGGAAGGUGUUCUGAUUUUGUUGUCCAAUGAUGCUUUGUAGUAAAUGUGGAGAAAAUAGUGGAAGUCUUAUUUAUUUCCUUUGUUUAUUUACCUAUUCUAUGAAUCAAUUUCUCAAUGGGGAUUGCAUGUUCUUGUUUUUGGCUGAAACUACUAACUCUGUUUCUGUGACAGGGUACCGGGAAAUGGAGUGCCUAGCAAUAAGGUGCAGUAUUUGUUACUAGUAGUACUCUUUAUUUUGGAUCCUCUGAAAUUUUAUGACUUGGAUGCUCUGUGUCUUUAUGCAUCUACUCAUCUUUCUAGCCUUGUUUGAUAAAUUGAAGUACUCGCAUUAUUCAGUGAGGAUUCAUGUUGUCGACUUCAACUUAUUUGGGAUUGAGUGGUAACUGUUGUUGCAGAGGCGGAUCCAGGAUUUGAAGAGGAUGGGUGCACUAUUGUGAAGAUGCGGAUUUAGAAUUUAUAUUUGACGAGUUUAACUUUAGUAUCUACCAUGUACCCACUACACUUUUGAAAUUAUAGGUUCAAAUAUAUAUUCUUUUUAAAUUCUUAGUGA